AUGCUCUACGACGUCUCGGAUCCUGCUUCUUCCUAUCCACUAUUCUUCCACCGUGUGCCAUCUGCAUCACUAUAUCCUGAGGAGAUGUUGGCGCCGUGGUCUUCGAACCCAUCCCAAACGUUCCUCAGCACACACGCAAACGACUACAAUAUUCGCACCACGACCGAUCGCAAACGCCCUUCCGCCACCUCGACAAGCGAACAUGGUAACUGGCUCACUGAACAGUCUCACCUUCGUCCCCCAAGUCUACUUCCCCCGGCACCACAACUGAAUCGACCGCUAACAGACACCACCAAGGUUGAAUGUCGGUUGAUAUCACCAACGCUAUCCACCUUCCAGAGCAUGAACGCAAACUCGACAUCGACAGCGAAGAGCGGACUGCUGAAGCAAGUAACUGCGCAGCUAGGAGAUAUUUCACUAGAAUACGAGACUCUAUCGUCGCCCCCAACAAGUCCAAUCACCCCUGUGCCAUCCCUGACAAAUUCACAUCGUUCUCGCUCAUCGUUUGCCAUAUCCGAAGGCUCUCCCUGCACGGCUGCCGGCUCCCCUCAGGACCACUUUGCGCGUUUUCUGCCGCAGGACUCUGAUAGUGCCAUGGUCCCUCCCAAGAGGAUGUAUGAGGCCAAUGUUUAUUCUGGCAUCUGCAACAUCAACCCGCCGCUACCCAAGCCUCCUCUGUGUCAGGACUAUCAGCUUUAUUGUGCUCAUCAGCCCACCGAUCUCUCGCGUGGCUCCAACUUCCCGCCACCGCAGCAUUUGCCAAACUCAGAUUUAGCUCCUGUCCCGACCCAUAUGCCUAGGCCUCAAGAAGUGUCUUACAUCGACUGGGACGACGAGGAUGGCCGCAAACGCUACUACUCGCCGCUCAGGCGCAUCAAGAAAAGUUUGUCGGAUCUUCGUGCCGCCGAACGCUUCAUCUCGGAGGCCCACGUACGCAAGAGAAUCAAUUUGCCCCCACACAAAAAUACCACUCGGAAUGUUCCUCAUGCACAACGUCGUGAAGCAGAUGAAACCAAUGCCUGGAUUGGACGCCAUCAGAAACAACCCUGCCACAGCCCUCCAAGUACCGCUUUCUCGGCGAGGGACGAGAAGAGUCUACCACGGCUCUCGUCCAGACUGCGGAAAAGGCCCAGGACUACAAAGUUCUCGCCCCCGAGCCAAUCCAGAAUGAUGCCUCAGACAAAGACGUCACCGCAGAUAGUGAACAACAGAGCUAAAAACAUCAAGGCAAACGAUACAUCAUCAACACCGGCGCCACCACCUCGAGACACCGUGAUCCCUCUUACGCCACCUUCCACAGGCAAGAGGAAACGCGCCAAUACCACGACGUCAGAGCCGUCGAGGGAGGCGCAGAAGAAGAAGAAACUCAGACUCGGGGUUGUCGGGAAGCUGGUCAAGCGACUUCUCGGGGCCAGGGACGACUAUUGA